GUGUAGUGUUUCUCUAAUUGAACUUCGCCCAAUCAACAAUAACUCGUUAGCAGUCGCGUUCUUCUUCUUCUUGCUGCUUGGGACAGCUUUUUUCUCCUUACAGGGAUUCUCCACCUCCAGUCUGUGAGUGCAUAAAGAUCUACAUGGAGCUAGGCAGAGCGACUCUCUGAAGGGAAUACAGUCCGGCUGCCUUUCCAACUAUACGCCCGGAGCAUGGUUAUUUUGGAGGAAAGCUCUGCGGAGAGCUGAGUUGCGGCAUUCGGCUGAGAGUGUCAAACAUUUUAGAGUGGGGGGGUCUUUGAGCAGCAGAGGAAACACUUGUGGACGCGUAAAAACUGCCCUUUGAAUGAAAUAACCAACUUUUCAGUGGAAGCAGCGAUUCUUUUGGACUGCGAUGACCUCCAGUAAAGACAUGAAGGCAGGUUCUGUGUUACAGUCCAGCGGCGAGGAGAGGAGACUCCGGGCUCCCCUGGACCAGCUGCCGCCGCCGGCCAACUCCAACAAGCCUCUGACGCCGUUCAGCAUUGAGGAUAUCCUAAACAAACCGUCCGUGAAGAAGUCGGUGUCCGCCAGUAUCUGUCCGCCCAGAGUCCUGGAGAAAGUGACGGGCUCCAACUCGGCGAGGAACGGGAUCACCACUCCCUCGUCGCCGCUGUGCGCGCUGGAGGAGCUGGCCAGCAAAACGUUUAAGGGACUGGAAGUCAGCGUGAUCCAGGCAGCAGAAGGUCGCGAACACGUGAACGCCUUCGGGCAGAGACAGACGUCGAAGAAGAGGAGAAAGUCGCGGACGGCCUUCACCAACCACCAGAUUUACGAGCUGGAGAAGAGGUUUCUGUACCAGAAGUACCUGUCUCCGGCCGACCGAGACCAGAUCGCGCAGCAGCUGGGCCUCUCCAACGCGCAGGUCAUCACCUGGUUCCAGAACCGCAGGGCCAAACUCAAGCGGGACCUGGAGGAGAUGAAGGCGGACGUGGAGUCCUUAAAGAAGAUCACCCCGCAGACCCUGGAGAAGCUCGUCAGCAUGGAGAACAUUGACGAUGCCCAGCAGGUCGGGGGCCCCGAGGCCAGAUCGCCCAGUAUCUCCCCGACCUCCCAAGGACACCGAGCCUUCCCACAGUCCCCCUCCUCCUCCAGAGACCAAACCACGGACGAGUUCUCGGAGGACGACGAGGAAAUCGAGGUGGACGAUUGACAGUCACUUGGCCUGCGAUUUUCAUAAGCAGCAACAAAAGAAUAUAAAAAAAAGGGGGCAUUUUUUUCUUCCCAAACUUUUGCACGGAUACUGACCGAGAAAGGAGAAUUUACACAUUUAAAAAAAAAAAAAACAAUUUGAGAUUUUUUUCUCUCCUCCCUCCCUUCCUCUCUCUCUCUUUUUUCUCUCCUCCAUUUUAAUUUAUUACCAGGACUUGUAAAGCUUUCCAAGUCUGUCGUUUAAGUCUCACCACAAUAUUUGAGGAAUAUCCGGUUCCCCUUUGCAGACAGGCCUGACUCUUAUGGUACUGUGAGACUGAAAAACUGUGUAAACGUUUGAAUUUUUCACACUCAUUUUUAAAAAGGAGAGGAGAGAGGGGGGGGGGCAUGGGAAGUUGUGAUAUUAUUUUAGUGUCAUUUUAUUCGCAUUCUUCGGAUCUGCCAAAUAUGUCAAUGAGCCCCCCUUCAGCCCGCGGAGGAGGUGUCAGUGUGUCCCUCCUACAUGCAGUGUAAAGUUUUUAUUUUGGUUUUGUUCUGAGCGAGAAGUGUUUCUGCAAGCAUGCAGGCCACUUCUCAGCGCAGGAGGAGGCAUCCUUAUCCCCACGUUUCCACGCUCUGACUUAUGUGUAUAUAUACCAGACAUCAUAUGCGAUAAUUUUAUUGUAACAUUCUAUUUA